AUGCGAACUCAUACUGGGACGUGGUUGCCACCUCUUGGCACAGUGCUGGGAAUUUUGCCUUUGGCACGACCAAAGCGCUGGAUAUCAGACCGAACGGUGGCACCACUUAAAUCUCGAAGAAAUAUCUCAGCCUGUCCCGAACAUAACCCGGUGCGAAGAGAUAUCAAACGUCAAGUGAAAGUGAGCGUGCGAGCCGACCGUGAAGUAUGGUGGAUACAGAAGGCCAAAGAAAUGGAAAAAGCCCAGAAAGCUGGUAACACCCGAAGAUUAUUCCAGUUGAUCCGUACAACCGGUCCCCGGAAACCGCCUGUGAGUCAAACCACCAAGCAUCAGAAUGGAACGACCAUCUCGAAUAAAGAAAGCCUCGACGGGUGUGCUGAAUACUUCGAACAAGAACUGUUGUGGCCACCAGAUGGCACUCAUCCAGAGCUCACAGGUGAAGUAGAACCCUGGACGGUAAACUUGGAACCACCUACGGCCUCGGAGGUUCACGACUUCAUACGUUCUCCCAAAGCCACCGAGACCCUGGUGCGGAUGACCUCCCACCUGCACUGUUCAAAGACGGAGUCGAAACCCUCAGUCUUGUCUGAUCUGUUCGCUUGCAUUUGGGAAAAGGAGUCUGUCCCAGACAACUGGGGCAAGUCGGCGAUAGUGCCCAUUUUCAAAAAAGGGGAGCUUAUUGAGUGUGGUAACCACAGAGGGAUCAGCUGGACCCGACUGUUGGCGUCACUUGUGUUCCGUCGCCUUACGGUGGCUCACGAAAUACUGACUCGAGAGCAGCGAGCGGGAUUUCGGCCUGGUGGGGGUUGUGUUGACCAAAUCUUCACACUGCGUCAGGUGCUAGAACAACGCCAUACGUAUAAGCGACCCACGAUUCUAGUAUUCCUGGAUUUCCAAGGCACAUUCGACUCGAUUGAUCGGUCUGUCCUUGAGACGCUUGCCCACCAAGGAUUGCCCCGGAAGUUUGUAAACAUAAUACGUUCUUUGUAUUCUCAGACUUCCGGACGUGUGAGAAUGUACGGAGAGCUCUGCAAAAGCUUCCGCACACAAAGCGGUGUCCGUCAGGGAUGCCCACUCUCUCCAUUCCUUUUUAACUUCGUGAUCGAUAAAAUAAUGAGACGAACGCUGGAGGGUCUCCAAAACCCUGAUGUUCAAAUAGCCUGUGAAGAAAACCUCGUGUGGGCGCCCUGGCAGUAUCCCAGCCCUCGUACAACCAUGACCUACACACCUAACAAUAUUCUCAUGCCACAUCGGCCGUCGCGUGGUGCCAUCAGCCGGGUCGCCUUACUUGCUGCAUACAGAAAGCCGCCUUUGGCGACCUGGCAGUAUCCCAGCCCUCGUGUCUCCUUCGUGUGGCAUGACGUGAUUAUGCCACUACCCAAGCACACUGUGCAACCAGUCCGCAUCAGCCAGGUCUCAGUGCCUGCUGAUGUGGACAACGAAUUGGAGUUUGUCUCGAAUGCAACACUAUGCAAUUUAAUGCGCCAACUGGCUUCCAUUAGUCAGCUGGCCACAAAUAUGUUCGAAGAACUCACAUCUGAAUUGUCCAACCUCGCGGAGCGCACAAUGCGUCUGCAAAACCGUCUUGUCACUCUACAGGCCGAUGUGCAAUCGAUGCAGGCAGGUGACGAAGACCUUACGGCCAACACGCCGCCGGUUCAGCUUGCUCCAUUCACAAGUAAAAAGCCUGCUGAUAGCAGAGUCUUGAGUCGGCAUACAAUCCCUCCCUCCAUGCGUGCUUGUUACGACAGGGCGGAUGCGCCGCCACCUUUGGAGCAAAUGGACGAAUUGAGAGAUGACAAUCGAGUCAGUAUGAAGCUGUUCUCAGAUCCGGAUUUCUUUUUCGAUUUAUGGAGUCAGAAAAUGCUACAAGACCCACGACACAAGGGACCAAGAAGAAAGGGUGGAAAAACGAAAACGAAAGGCGUAGCCAACAAAAAUGCAAUAUCCAAACCGCAAAUUGUGAUUCAACAGACUGGUGUCGGUGGUAACUAUGUUCCCGGGCAAACUGUUCCCGUGUUAAACACCGGUUCUGGGCUUAAGCCGGUGACUAGCCCAUUAGUCAACAACUACGUAGGCAAACCAGUUCCUCAGAUAGCCCAACAACCUCAACAACAGAGUAUGGAACACACAUUACCUCCUCCUCCCCCACCGCCGACACUGUCCCAAUCACCGGUCAGCCCCAACUACAGUUCUUGUCAGACAUCUGUAAUCAGUAAUGGGAUUUCAUCAGAUAAACUAGUCAACAACGCUGGAUAUCCUCAGACGAUUGCUGCGCAUUCGGUCCAUCAAGUCAACGGGCAUUCGAGCGUCCCCAACUGUCCGCCUUCACAGAUCUCAUAUCACCCGGUUCACGCGACAAAUCCUCCGCAACACCCUCCGCCUCCUCCACUUCCUUCAGAUGUGGCUUUCAAUAACCUGGACGGUCAUGCAAUAGCGCAAACCAAAGGGUAUCCAUCUCCGCCAAAGGAUUUGAAUGUUCCCAACUCAUUGGAGGAAGUCCGUUUCCCUUUACCGGCUCCGUCAUUCUUCUCCGCGGAACAACAACAUGUUGGUGCUAGUAGUCCAGGAAAUGUAAGUCGCAUUCAGAUUAUUGCUUUCAUCUUCAUCGUGAAUUCUUUCGUCACUUCAAAGAACUCAUUCUGCUUACUGAUCAAGUGGCUGUUAAUCUGUUUGUUGAGGUUGCCAAUCGAAUUGCAAACGUUUCGUCACCAUACGAGGAAACAUCAUAAGUGCGCAGUUGGGUGGGUUUCCUGUGAUAACGUGAUACUUUCGCUUUACCGUUUUGUAAAACUUGGACAGAGCAGUAUAAGCUGCCGUCGGAAACCAUACUUCCUGUGUGGAUUUUUACGUAUCUCAUACAGCUUGCCACUACUCCAAUUCUGUGCUUCCGAGUUUCCUUGCCUGCGGUAUCAUAACACGCAUGUGCCCGAGCAAUAG